GCAUACAUUUGUAUAUCAAAGAAGCGAAAUGCGCAAAAAUAGACAUGCGAAGAACUGUGGCCUGAUCAGUAGUGUACAUCGUUAUUUCCUUUGGAAGACUUAAAGCGCGCGGUAGAAACAACUCAACUCGGACAAAACAAAUAGACGAAGCAACUAGUUUCUCACAGAACCAGCGGCAUUGCCCCAUAAGAACUUCGGCUGUGCAUCAAAGCGCACCAACCAACUUAUUCGACACGCAACCAAUAUGAAGUCCCAAACGCUGCUGAUCGCUUGUUUGCUGAGCAUAAAUGCCGUCAUAGCGUUCACCAUCACCGGCAAAUAUUGCAAACGAAAUGUUAGUGUCAAGUAUCAAGAGCCAGUGCUGCGUAUUAGUGACCCCCAGCACAUACGGCAUAGCGCAGAUCUCAGUGAUGUAUUUGCAGCGGCAGAGAAUAACACGCUUGGUGCCACUGCCAACCACACCGACAACAGCAUCAUAUAUGAACCGCGUGUACGCUGGGAGACCAUCAACGUUUGUUGUCCUGGCUACAGUACCUUGCUCUUCGGCUUUUGUGAGCCCAUCUGUAAUACAGCCUGCCCGCGCUUCAGCUAUUGUGCCACGCCCAAUCAAUGUCAGUGCUUGCCGGGCUACGAGGAGCAUCAUCCGAAUAACAAGAAGAUACAGCUGCUGGACUGUCGCCCAGUUUGUGCCAACGGCUGUCCGUCACACAGUCGCUGUGUGGCACGAAAUCGCUGCCUUUGCCGUGAUGGCUUCAGGAAUACCAGCAAAUGGUGGUUCCUGCCGGUGAAGUGCGAACGCAUUAAGUGCGCAGCGCCCGACCAGCGUUACGACGUCGCGCAGCGCUUGUGCGUGAAGAUAGAGAUGACGAUGGAGGAAUUGAUGCGAAAGGUCGCUGAACGUUUAACAAAAGGUUUGAGUGAUACUGCGACGGAAGAUAACACUGAGCCGAGUAGCGAUGAAGUGGAAGCGAGUGAAGAGGUGGAUAAUGAAAUUGUGACAGACAACAAUACGUAAUACACAAUGGAGGGCAUAUGCUGAGGGAUGGAUUUUUGAAAACAUGGGUUUAGGAAACACACUACCCACUCACAGGGGUUUUCAAACUGUUCAAUUAUAAUAAGUUUGUGUUUAUAUGUUCUAAUGUAAACGUGUUAUUUAAGUAAUGCAAAUAAAUAAAAACUCUGCCAGAAUAGAGA